ACGUAUGUAAGAAUUUAAAGUAGUUAAGGAUUUUUUUUUUUGCAAAACAGUUUUCUAAUUUUUCGUUCAAAAUUGUCCCUGUUUUAACUUUGAUUUCUAUGCUAAAAGUUAGGAUACUUUCAAAAACUCUAUAGAAAUGUUCUUCUUAUGAUUUUCUGAUUAUGGAACCAUCAGCAUCAAAAGAAACCAGAACUUCUAAAAGGAGUAGUAUUUUAAAGAAGCAUUCAAGCCCUGAAAAGAAAAGAUCCGACACUGCCACAACCUCCACUGGUCGAGUAACAAUAAAAACUGCUCGUUUUGAUGAGGAUAACAUCAAGGAAACCUACCGACCUAUUAACAAAGAGUAUGGUUUUGAUAAGAUAACUGAAGCAAAGACACCAUUCGAAAGAGAACAAUUACCAAUCGAUGCGAAAAAAUUGAGGAAACGUUUGAAACCAAUCACUGAUGAAAAUCUAUCAAGUUCUUCAUUCAUUAGUGAAGCUUAUUCAACUGAAAGCAAUAAAAGUAAAGUUAGUGCAACGAUAAGUUUUACAUCUGGUGAUUUUAUUUCGUUCAAAGAAAAACGUCGAAAUCAUAUUAGAGCUGAGUAUAAGAUUGCAAAGCAAGCUUUUGAGGAAGAAAAAAUUGAUGAUGACCAACCUACCACCAGUCAAGGAUACGUUUAGUUAGAAGCAUUUUCAACCAAUAAAUUAGAAAUAAGAAAUAAAUAAAAUCGUCAAUAUUUUUUUGAGCAUAAAAAUGAAAUUUUGAAAAUUCUUAGAAGAUAUUCGUAAAUAUUUUUGGUCUUCCGUCUUCCAUGUUGCCGCGGUUUUGAAAUGUGCACUGGUAAUAACUAAUUUUAAGAAUCUUGGGCUUGCAUACUCAACUAGAUG